UUGAACCCGGUGAAACUGUGCUCCACUGCUCUGGGCUUGCUGGGAUUGUUGUGUCGUUGUUUGAGGAUGGGGUUGUGUUACCUAAUGGGAUGCUGGGUGAACCCUCACAUUAUAUCAAGAUCCAGUUAUGUUUAUGGUUUAGACACAGAUUACAGCUGCUACUUUGAGAAGCUGAUGUGAUGCCAGGUGAGGCUUGGAGUGGGUGCAGCGAGAAAGCAUCAUUAGCCAGAUCUAUUUGUGUGUGAAUCUUAGUGGAAAAUAGUCCCAUCAUGCCAGAUGUGUCUCCUGGGAGCUCUGGGGCCAGAAUAGGACAGCAGCCAGUAGGGUUAGAGUUUAACAAAGCUCAUUCAGCUCUGUACAGCAAACUGUACACAGUUUGGCUGCUUGUGUUAUGUAUUUCUAAAUGGAUUUUAGUAAAUUAGUCUCAAUGCGACACAGAGCAAUACCUUUUUUUUUAACACUGUCACUACUGUUGAUCAACAGUGCAUGCAGCGUUGCAACAUGACCUUUAUCUGCAUUAGAGUACACAGUUUACUUGAAUUGACAUGGCACAUAGAUAAGAUGCUUUCACACUGCAUUAUAAUAAACCAAAUCAGUACCAAAAUUAGACUCAGAAUAUGAUCCGUUGCUAGUAGCCCAGGUUUUCACUUAUAUUUCAAUUUCAUCUUUGAUUUAUGUUCCAUCAUUGUUCCUCCAGCAUGCUGUGAUUUAGAGGUAAAUUAUAUUUUAAUUAAUUAAUUAAUUUGAUAUGUCUUUCUUUAACAUAUCAUUGUAUGUUGGUCUAAUAAUAAAUAUUUAUACUUCACAUUUAAAUAGAAAGGAUUGGGGUUGUAGAUUAUUAACCUGCUUUGUGUGUUGUUGACAUGAAAAGUGGCCACACGGUUGUUGUUUCGUUCAUCUUUUCUCCCCAUGCCCUUAUAUAUGCAUUAUCUUAAGCGUGUUCUGUAUAUAGCGUACUUAGAGUUGGAAAACUUUCCGAGCGUCGGUAUAAAAAAAAAGUCUCCUGAUACAAAUGAUAGGCUUACAUAAAUUAAUGAUAAGAAAUAGACAGAGAGCCAGCAGGCAGGCAGCUGGGACAAGGGUCAAACCCAGAGAGCAGCAACAGAAGCAACGGAUGAGCAGCAGAAGGUUAUGUAUUUGUUUGUGCUGUGUGGGAGUGUGUCUAUGCACUGUGUGUGUGUGUGUGUGUGUGUGUGUGUUGUGUGUGUUGCGUGUGCGUGUGUGUGCGUGUGUGGGAAAGGGAGGGCCAAGCGAGAACUGCUGAUAAUGCUCUCAGUGUUUCUGUCCUUCUGCAUUUGUUGAAGGGAUUUUAAGGACACAGAUGAAACUGGUGAGAUCGAAUGGAUGUUUUAGCCACAGAGUGUUUUAGUCCUCCUUAAACUUUGACAUUAAUAACUGUGGAAACAUUGCAUGACAUUGGAUUAACGGGAAAGGACAAUAUUGGCUGAUAAGAAAGCUCAUCUUGUGGUGAAGUGCCGUCAGAUGUUGGAGUUCUUGAAGAUUUGCUUUAUGAUAUAGAUAACAGUCUUAACCUAGUUUGUGUUGGAGCAUCUGUGCGCUUCUAACAGUUUCUAAUAGUGCAAGUGCCACAUUUUGUAAUGAACGACUGUAAAGAAUAAAACACAGUCACUGAUCACAGCUCUAUGUCAGCUUUGUGGAUUUCAACUUAAAAGCUGUGUGUUUUGGUAAUCAACAAGUCAUACAUGAGUGGACAUGUGAGCACCGGGAACACUGUUAUCAUGACUCCUAACAGCAUGGACACCAACGAGCUGACAACCCAAAGUGACGUGAAGCCUCGGGUGAUGGGUGUGACCCUGAGCAUCGCCUCUUGCCUCAUCACCUCCACCAACCUGCUGGUGGCAGCCGCUCUACUUAAGCUGCUCCUCAGGAAGAGAAGCCAGAGCUGGUGCUUUGUCCUCAACUUGGCGCUAGCUGAUGCCCUGGUGGGUGUGGCCAUCACUGGCCUGGCCACAGAAAACUUCAACUUUAACAGCGACAGCAACAAUAUCACUCCGAACCAGCACAACCAUAUCAAUAACAUUGCGCCCACAAACACCACGCCUCCUGCUCAAGGCAAGACCCGGUGUUUGAUGCGGAUGGCUUUCGUGACAUCACCCUGCACAGCAUCUAUUAUGUCCAUGUUCCUGAUCUCACUUGACCGCUACGCAGCCAUCAAGAUGCCCCUGCGGUACUCCCAGCUGUCUGGGAAGGGGACAGCAGUUGGGUCCCUGCUGGCUCUGUGGAUCAGCUCCCUCACUAUGGGAUUCUUGCCAGUCAUGGUGCGGCAGCUGCAGGCGGAAGGAUACGCCGGUUUCUGUGCCUUUUUCUCUGUCAUUCACCAGGUGGGCAUGAUCGUGUUGUUCAGCGCGUGCUUCUUCCCGUUGCUUUCUGCCUUCCUUUACAUCUACCUGGACAUCCUGAAGAUCGCUUGCAGCCAUCAGAAGCAGAUAUGUCAAGUUAGGCAAGCUGGUUCCAGGACGGCUGACCACCAUUGUCAUCAACAUUGCGAGGAUCAUCAGCAGCAUCAGCAUCUGAGGAGCCAUUAUUGGAGCCACGUCAAGGCCCUGAGGACAGUGGGGGUGCUUGUGGGCUUCUUUUUGGUCCUCUGGUGUCCCUUCUUUGUUGCAUGCAUAGUGCACCUUCUGUGUGAAAGCUGCAAACUCACUGCCGUGUUAGAGAAUCAUUUGUGGUUAUUGGGACUAUCCAACUCACUGAUCAACCCUCUAGUGUACGCCUUUUGGCAAAGGGAGGUGCGGCUGCAAUUAGCAGCCAUGUUCUCCUGCUUUAUAAGCAGGUUGUUGGCCGCUCGACCACCAGGUGUCACAGAAGGUUGUGACCCGCAGCCACCUGUCCUGACUCAAGCUGAUGCAUCUUGUAGAAAUACUCUCAACCCUUUGCUGUUGCAACCUAUUAUCGGCAACAACAAGGCUUACGUUGUGCCACUAUCUGCCACGACCAGCUUGUGAAAGAUACUGGGAAACCAGAGAAACAGCGGCAACUAAACAUGGCUAUUAUGAACGUUAUUUUCAAAACUAAAAACAUAAAGCAUUACUUUCCAAAUAAAAUUUGCAACACUUAUUAUAAUUCACACGGAAAAGUCCUUUCUCGCGCCAUCUCAAAUGCACAAAUGGGCCUCAGGUCAUUGUGACCCAAUUCCUCAAGGCCUGAUCCCAAUCUGACAGCUAAUGAAGUUUAAGUCAAAACCUUCUCUCCCGUUCUUUUACUUUUGAGUUCCGACCAUCUAUCAACACGUUUGAACAAAUGCAUAUGUAGAAUAUUUUGCCUGUGAACACACAACAAAUAUGCAGCAUUCAAUGAAGUCUUGGUUUAUUAUUACUUAUUUUUAGCCAUGCUACUGGCUAUCGCUAUAGUUUAGUGACAGCAAGUAGGAGACACUUAACAGUGGCAGCACUACAGUAUAAUUUAAAGAUUUCAUAGUUCCCAGUGGAAGCAGAGGGGCCAACCGUCAGUGGCAGUAAGGGGCAGUAUCACAGAUUUUGACAUGCGUUUCCAGAUGAGUCCACAAGGGUUCAGGCCUGUCUCACUGU